UUAUUAUCUCUCCGGAAAAAGAUUUAUAAAUAUGUGUCCUUUGGCAGACUGUUUCUUUUUCAUUCUUUUGUGUGAACACUUAGCAGCAUAAAUAAGAUGACUAUGAAAUCGUGGACUUUGAUUUUGGCUAUGGCCGUUCUUUCUCAGGCGGCAGAAAUUGCGAGAAAUCUACGCCCCAGGUCGGAACUCUUUCCUCGUGCUCCAGUACCUCAAGGGCCGGGCCACAUCGUUGUCACGGAACCGGCUGCACCUGUCGACAUGCGUGGCUUCUGUGGUCAGCGUAAAGUCGAUUCCAGCCGGAUCGUUGGCGGAGUAGAAGCCGUUCCACAUGAAUUUCCCUGGCAGGUGGCUGUUACUAUCGACGGAGAAGGCUUUUGCGGAGGCACACUCAUUUCUCCCGAUUGGGUCAUGACCGCUGCUUAUUGCGUUGAUGGAGCACGCCAAUUGAGUCUCUUGUUGGGCGCUCACGAUAGGACUGUAGCGGAAGCAUCGCAAUUAACUAUCGAAACAACUGAAUACGGCACUCAUCCGAACUGGAAUACUGCCACCCUGGCCAAUAACAUCGCUCUGAUCCGCUUACCAACACCCGUCGCUUUCACUCCUGAAAUCGCACCCAUUUGCAUCGCACCGAGCACCGAACCCGAUCAUGCUGGGGAUGCUCUUCUGGUCAGCGGAUGGGGCCUCACAAUUGAUGACAUUUUUCAGCCUUUUUCUCCGAUACUCAUGAAAGUCACUGCUCCGGGAAUGCAGACGUCCACAUGCGCUGCUUCGUACAUCGGUAACAUCAUUACUGACAAAAUCCUGUGUAUUGACACGAGCGGCGGACACGGAUCGUGCAACGGCGAUUGGGGCGGACCGCUCAGCUUUGAUAGCAACGGUGUUUACAAUCAGGUUGGCGUUUUUAGCUUCAGUUCGGCUUCCGGUUGCACGGCAGGUUACCCAGCCGCAUUUACACGCGUCUCCAGUUACGCCCAAUGGAUCGCCCUAGUUACUGGUUUGGUUAUUUAAUUAAUUAUUUGUUCAUUUUUCAUGCAUUAUCUUUUUCGGCCAUCAUCAAAGACCUUUUUCAAAGACCCCAUUUUACCAUUUAUGAAACAUUUCGGCCAUCAGUUAAUUCCUUGUGUUUAAAAAAAAAUCUAAUAAAUUUGAUGCUGGUAUUUGUCCAGAACAAAUUA